CAUAUCUGGCAUGAUGAAACGUCUUCAGUGUGCGUUCAGUGUCGUACGUGUUGCAGAAUAAACUGUCCCCUAGAUUCAAAACGUGAGAACGGAACCGCCUUUUACGGCCGUCAGCGUCGCCCCGUCUACAUGAGAACACAAGGCAGUUGGAAUAAAGCUCGUAGAAGUUGAACUUAUUAACCGGGGCUCUAUGUGUGUGUCCUAUUUGAAACUCUUCUCGUCACACUCCUCCGUGCUUUUGACGUUACGCACGCAGCCGUGGCGUUGCCUUGCAAGCCCAAAUAACAUGGAGUCCUCUGCCUGGCAUCUUCCAGGGAUCCGUGCAGCGGACCAGACCUGAGCAGCGACCCAGACAGAGAGCGAGUUCCCCCGGCGGUCAGAGCCGCAGGAGAGCAUCGUCUCCGGGCAGGAAAAGAAAGCGCCAGGUCCGUUCUGAGAACUAUGGCGAACGGUGCUUAGAGCAGACCGCUUUUCACUGCGACCCGCAAACCAGGCCGAUUUCAUCCUCAUGUUCUCUGAACGUUUGGGACGGCCGGAUGUCUGCCAAACGCUCGUGGGGCCACGCCAGAGAUGAGGGCCCCGAGCAGAGUGAAGGCCCCCGGCCCGGUGCAGAGCCAGGGAGGAGCGCACAGAGGAGAGCCAGGUCCUCAGCCUUUCCUUCCUCCCUGAGCUGGGACUCGGACUCUGAGAAAGAAACCCUAGAUGAGGAGGAGCUACAGCACUUUUCUAACCCUCAUGGUCUGGCUGCUCACAGCCCAGGAUCUCCUUCUUCUGGAUUCAGACUUGAUAGUGAAGAUGACCAAGAACCUGGAAAGCAGCACGAUGGAAACAAUGAGAGCACAAAGACAGAAGAGCCAAAUACAUCUCAGCUUGGCCCGACAGACUUGGCAGACGGCGACACGUGGAAUGUAUCUGAGGGAGCCAAGCUGUUUCUGUCCAAAGUGAAACCAAAGGAAGGUUGCCAAAUGGAGGAAGAGGAGGAGGAGGAGGCUGAUAACAACAAGGGAGAGAAGAGGCCCAAAGGAAAAGAAACCACGGAUCCUGAGAGAGAUGUGUAUACCUUCCCCGGAGACUCCGAUCCCGAGAGUCCACCUCCCGCUCCCUGGGCUCAUUGUACAUUCAUUCAGCGGUGUAGAAAGAAGAGAGUGCUGCUCAGGCCCUUCUCCGGACUUGGCACCUUGAAGCGCACAUCACCUGGGACUGGCAAGUGGGCGGGAGUUAGUCCUCCGAAAUCCAAAACAACUGGGACGGCGCAGCUGAGUCGAGGUGCAGGGGUUUCUGAGUUUGAAGAAGAACCGAUAAACCUCAGAGAAAGAGGAGGGAAAAGAGAACACGAAGAAGAAAUGGGGGGAGAGCCCGGCAAUGAAAUCUUCACCUGUGUGGAGUGUAGCAUUUACUUCAAAAAGCAGGUCCACCUGCAGGAGCACAUAGUAGAGCAUUGUCAGAGCAGCACUGGGGGGGGCAGGCGAUUAGGAAAGGGCGCCCGUUUCCGAUGUGUCGAGUGUGGCUGGAACUUGCCGAAUCGGCUCGCGCUUUCAGACCACCACAGACGGCACCAGGAGUCCCGCCUUAAGAUCUUAGGGGAGAUUGAGAAACUGAAUGAAAACGGCAGCGCGAGAGACCUUCAGAAGCUCAACAGCAAGACGGCGAAGCACAGAAGUUCGGACGCGGCGAUUGUGCACAAUGUGAGCCCGGCCUCGAUUCCAGGCAAAAUGUCCGACCCAGAAAUAGUCACGUCUCCAACUCUUUCCCCGGUUUCUACACCAGAUGCAGUCCCAGCAGUUCUUGACGCAACUCCUCCAAAUUCAAUUCACACUCCAGCUCGGGCCAGAGCCGUUUCUGCCGGACGUCGCCGUUUCGUCUGCACCAAGUGUAGCUUCAGCACGAGGACCCCCCAGGCGCUGGCUAAUCACAGCAAGACCCACAACAGGAAAGAACUAGCUUGCCCGGGUGACUCUCCAUCAUGUUUGGCAUCCACUUCCCUGGCCUGUGGUCAUUGUGCUUUCCUGACCUCGAGCACAACUGCAAUGAGGGAACACCAAAAGCUUGUUCACCCAGGACAGGCAGCCAUCGGCGGGUCGCAGGCCCAUGAAACUGGCCAGAAUUCGAGGUCUAAUGUUGGGGCACAGGCCCAUGAAACUGGCCAGAAUUCGAGGUCUAAUGUUGGGGCACAGGCCCAUGAAACUGGCCAGAAUUCGAGGUCUAAUGUUGGGGCACAGGCCCAUGAAACUGGCCAGAAUUCGAGGUCUAAUGUUGGGGCACAGGCCCAUGAAACUGGCCAGAAUUCGAGGUCUAAUGUUGGGGCACAGGCCCAUGAAACUGGCCAGAAUUCAAAGUCUAAUGUUGGGGCACAGGCCCAUGAAACUGGCCAGAAUUCGAGGUCUAAUGUUGGGACACAGGCCCAUGAAACUGGCAAGAAUUCGAGGUCUAAUGUUGGGGCACAGGCCCAUGAAACUGGCCAGAAUUCGAGGUCUAAUGUUGGGGCACAGGCCCAUGAAACUGGCCAGAAUUCGAGGUCUAAUGUUGGGGCACAGGCCCAUGAAACUGGCCAGAAUUCAAAGUCUAAUGUUGGGGCACAGGCCCAUGAAACUGGCCAGAAUUCGAGGUCUAAUGUUGGGACACAGGCCCAUGAAACUGGCAAGAAUUCGAGGUCUAAUGUUGGGGCACAGGCCCAUGAAACUGGCAAGAAUUCGAGGUCUAAUGUUGGGGCACAGGUCCAUGAAACUGGCCAGAAUUCAAAGUCCAAUGUUGGGGCACAGGCCCAUGAAACUGGCCAGAAAUUGCAGUCUAAUGUUGGGGCACAGGCCCAUGAAACUGGCCAGAAUUCGAGGUCUAAUGUUGGGGCACAGGUCCAUGAAACUGGCCAGAAUUCAAAGUCUAAUGUUGGGGCACAGGCCCAUGAAAUUGGCCAGAAUUUGAGGUCUAAUGUUGGGGCACAGGUCCAUGAAACUGGCCAGAAUUCAAAGUCUAAUGUUGGGGCACAGGCCCAUGAAACUGGCCAAAAUUCAAGGUCUAAUGUGGGUGUUCACAUUUCAAAACCCUCUCUAGAGUCUGAACAUUUCUCUGGGCCUGGAUCUGGAUCUUCGCCCGAUGCAACUCGAGGCGAAAGCCAGCCAGAAGCCUCUGCCUCCGAAGACAGCACUGUGCCAGAUGGCGCUGUGGUGGUCGUGUCCAAGUGCGCUGGGAACGGGAGACUCUGCAGAAGAGGGAAGACUUGGACGGAUCUGGACAAGUUUCUGGACCAUGGCAAGCUGACCGGGAGUGAAGAGGAAGAGCAGGACAAAGAUCGGAGCGCAGAGCGUGACACCGAGUGUACACAACAUGAUGACAACUCGCCUGUCGGAGGGAAACGGCACACCAGAUCACGAGCCAACACAGACGACUGCUCUGCACAGCACACUGCUGCGUUAUCGCUCCCUCCCGAGAAGGGUGUGAAGGAGGAAGACGAGCUGGACGUGGAGAAAGAUGGGAGUGGUUUCUGUUUGAGGCGGAGCAAACGCGUUAUCGCCGCUCCGGCAGAAAGUGACAGCGAUGACGAAGAACGUGUGCGACGUUUCCUUUCAGAGGGCAUCUUGGACGAAGACCCAGACGAGACUGACGAGGACUCUGAGUCGCUCAGGGGCGUGGAGAGGAAAUGCCCCUACUGCCCCGAUCAAUUUCACAACGGCAUCGGGCUCGCCAAUCACGUGAGAGGCCACCUAAACCGAGUGGGUGUCAGCUACAACGUGCGGCACUUCAUUUCCCCCGAGGAAGUCAAAGCCAUUGAGAAGAAGUUCUCCUAUCAGAAGAAAAAGAAAAAAGUUGCCAACUUUGACCCGGGCACGUUCAGCGUGAUGCACUGUGAGUUCUGUAGCGCUGGCUUCGACACCCGGGCCGGCCUGUCCAGCCACGCCCGCGCCCACCUCCGCGACUUUGGCAUCACCAACUGGGACGUUACCAUCUCGCCAAUCCACAUCCUGAGGGAGUUAUUCUCCAGCCGGCCCGAUCUGGUGAUCCCCACGGCCCCCCCUCGGAGCCCCGGCUCCUCGCGGGACGAUGAGGAGGAGGAAGACGAGGAGGAGGAGGAGGAGGAAGGGGAGAGAAUCGUCGAGGUAAAGCUAGAGCAGGAGACGAGUGCCGCUACUGAUGCCGUUACUUCGGCGUCUCCUCAACAGUGCAAGCAGGAGGACGCUGAAGAAGAGAGUAACUGCGAGGAGGAGGAGGAAGAGGAUGAGGAGCAGCAGCUGCAGCUUCCAGCUCUGGAUGCUCUGAGCUCGGGGGAAACCGGGCAGCGCAGCGCCAACUCAGACGGCCUCUCUCCUGGAGAGGAUGCCGACUCCAAGGUCCACGACUUGAAGUGCGCGGUGUGUGGAGCUCAGUUUGAGACCCGACGAGGACUGUCCAGCCACGCCCGCUCCCACUUGCGCCAGCUGGGCGUCAGCGUUUCGGAGAGCAGCGGCGCGCCCAUCAACCUCCUCUACAAACUCGCCAAGGAGCGCAGCAGCGCCGACGGCCAGCUCGUCUCGUCUCCUCCUCCUCAGCCUCUUCCAGCCGAGAGCGCCUCGCCAUCAGUUCCUCGGAAAGAUGAGGCGCUAGCAGACAUGGACUUAGACGAGAAACCCAUCCCUCUGUCGAUCCUGGCCAAAGCAGCCAAAGCAGUGCCACCACCACCUUCCUCUUCUUCCUCCUCCUCCUCCUCGCCAACGCCUCCUCUCGGCGCUUCUCCGGCUGGGCCUCCUCAUCCCGGCCCCCCUCCCUCGGUGGUGAGGAAAGCCCCCAUCUCCUCUCUGCUGCCGGUGUCUUCCCUGCUGCGCUCGGUGGAGUACAAGGCCAUGGGAAUGAAAGGCUUGAUGUCUAACCUCGCAGCCAAACCGAUCUGGGCGCCACAGGAGGAUGACGCUCCGCUCAACCUCACGCUGGAGGUGAACCCCAACAAGGACAUUGUUUGUCAGCUGUGCGGCGCCUGGUUUGAGACUCGGAAAGGCUUAUCCAGCCAUGCACGAGCCCACCUGCGGCACUUCGGCGUGGAGUACUCCGAAUCCAAGGGCUCUCCCAUCGACCUCCUGAACCAGCUCAUCGAUACGGACGACUUCAAGCACAAAGCCGGCUCGCUGCAGCGCGACAGCCACGGCGCCGAGCCCCGGGGCCUCGCCGCCACCAAGCAGUCUCCGUCUCUCCUCUAUAAGGUCACCACAGCCGGGGGAGGGUCCACCUCCAAAGCUACCUCUUCCUCUGCCUCAUCGCUGCUGCUCAGCCCGCCCGCCAAACGCCACAAGUCCUCCGCCAUGAGGGUCUUCCGCCUGAGCAGUGGCGAGCUCAUGGCGCUUCCACACAGCGACCCUCCGAAGGAAAUCGGCUGCGAGUUCUGCGGGGAGUACUUUGAGAACCGUAAAGGCCUGUCCAGCCACGCCCGCUCCCACCUGCGCCAGAUGGGCAUCACCGAGUGGACCGUGAACGGCUCGCCCAUCGACACCCUGAGAGAGAUCAUCACCAGACGGGGCCUGCCUUGCGCUCUGCCUCUCAAUCCUCUCAAAACUCCUCCGAGGUCCUCCCCGGGUCCCCCGCGCUCCCCUCUGCCGGCCUCCUCCUCUCCUUCCGCUACCCUCCUAGGUCGCCUACCAUUCGCCUUCGCCCGGCCGAGCAGCCCGGCGCCGUCCGCGCCGUCCAAAUCGAGCUCGGCCACGCCUCCGACGUCUUCCAGCGGGAUGAUCCUCAAGCUGAAGCCCGAGCCGGUGCAGCUGGACGUCACCGCGCCCAGAGCCGUGGCGAGAUCUGCCGGCUUCUCCGGUGAAGCUCUCAGCUGGAGCAGCUCUGACACAGCGUUCCCCCUCAACCUGGCCAUGUCCCACGAAGUGGAGCCCACGAGAGACAUUCGCUGCGAGUUCUGCGGGGAGUACUUUGAGAACCGUAAAGGCCUGUCCAGCCACGCCCGUUCCCACCUGCGCCAGAUGGGCAUCACCGAGUGGACCGUGAACGGCUCGCCCAUCGACACCCUGAGAGAGGUUAUGCACAAGAGAGGGACGGGCGCCUCCUCUACCUCGGACCAGGGGGUGAAGAAGGAGGCGAGCCACGGAGCCAGCAGCCCGCUCUGGGAGAACUCGGAGGGUUUGGGUGGUUCGGGCUACCAGUUGGGGGCCAAAUUCCGAAAAUCUCCGCUCAGUUUGCUUCAGUCGGGUUCGCGGCUCCAUAAGCAGGGCCUGGGCUCUGCGUCUGGCGCCCUGCCUGCAGGGAAGUUUUUUCGGCUGUCCCCGCUGGGGAAAAGGCCUCUGUCUGACGAGGGCCAAUCAGCGGAGAGCAGAGCCCGCUCGCCGCCACAUCAGCCUAAGACUUUCUCACCUCUGCCACACGAUUUUUCCUUCAAAAGGAAACCCUCCCCGGACAAGCACGGACACCAGGAUCCCAGCUGCGAGCUGUGCGGCUUCUACUUUGAGAACCGUAAAGCUCUGGCCAGCCACGCGCGAGCUCACCUGAGGCAGUUUGGGGUGACUGAGUGGUGUGUAAACGGAUCCCCCAUCGAGACGCUUAGCGCCUGGAUGCGCAGCAGACCGCAGAAGGUCUUGGAGAUGCAUCGGAGCUACAUGCAGGGCAACCGCUCAACCCUGAAGAAGAAGAGCACUUCCCCUCUCACUGCAUCAGCGGAUUCUGACCAUAUCCUCCCCAUCUCAUCGCAGAAGGCCUCCUCUUCCUCCUCCUCCUCUUCCUCUUCCUCCUCUCAGUGGUCUUCUUCUCUGGCUCUGAGCCUGGUGCGCCCGCUGAGCUGCGAGGUCAGCCAGGGCUCGUCCAGGACCGGCGACGGUGAGUCCGGUACCAGCCAGUUCAGGCACGGGCGCAGCAGUCCCAGCCCCUCGCGGCUCGCCACUGGCCUCCCGCUCCAAGCACAGGUGGCUCGCAGCGAGCUGAACGUCCGCCUACCCAGAGGUUUUGAGCGUCGGCCCUUGAAGCACCCGUCUUGCCCAGAUGGGACAGAGAGCCCUCCUAAACCCCCCCGCACAGGCACUGUCCCUGCCCUGGUGCCCAAACCACCCUCCUACCCGCUGGUCAAACUGGUGGGCAAGUUCUACACCCUCAAGUGCCGGUUCUGCGAGGUGGAGUUUCACGGCCCGCUGUCGGUGCAGGAGGACUGGAUCAGACACCUCCAGCAGCACAUCCUCAAGAUGAACUACAACCGGACCUCUGCGCCCAAAGCCGCCUCCGCUGAACCCCCUUCCCCAGCCUCUACCCCGGCCUCCACUUCCACCUCCACCUCCACCCUGGGCCGCGCCAACGCUCCCAACAACCAAUCGCGUGCGCCUCCGGUGGCCGAGCGCGCUCUGCCCGUCACUGCCACAGAGAUUGCAAAGGUCUCAGAGGAGCAGCCCACCUUAUCUCCAACUUCCAUUCCCCUGCCUGCCCAGACAGUGUGAGCUCAGAUUCAUCGCUGUCAUUUAACCCCCUUUUUUUAGUUUAAUUCCUGCCUUUUAUUAUACCUUUUCGUCCGUUUUCGCGUUCCUUUGGCCUUCACAAAGCGUUUUACCCUCCAAAGAGCCCUCUGAGUCCCACGCACCUUUUCAAAGCAGCUUUCUACACUGUUACUAAGACCCGUUUGCCAUGGGAAAGAGAAGCUCUCAGGGCUUAGCCGCGCACCACAGAUGGGUCGUGAGGUUACGAGAAGAGACGAACCAAUCGUUUUUGUGUUUGCCUUGUUUAUAUUGAAUGUCCAGGUGUUGACGUGGACCGUUGCUGUACCUCUCCUCCCAUUCGCUGGGGGAUUUAGGGAGUUUAUGUAGCCCUUUAUCAAACUUCAACCACCCCUGUCUACCACACUUCUGCCCCCUAUCCCCCUUUACAAACUUACUAGCGCUACUUAGACCAGUCAGACUGAGAUUGAAUGACUUUUAUAAUCAUGUGAGUCUCGUGGUUGAGACUUUCAAACACUUAGUGUUAAAACAGGCACUUUUAGCGUUGACUUUGUCACUUAGCACUUACUGUAAGGCCCAUUUUAAAUGGGCGAAAUUCGACAAUGACUACAGGUCCUUGCACACUGAGUUUGAAAUCUUUGUAUGCCUUUUUUUCGUCACGCACAGAAACCUUGCACACUGACUCCGAUGCGUAUUAAUUAAUCCUCUGCAAAAUCUUUUGCAAAACGUACAAAAUGGAGUUUUUCAAGCAGUGAGGAAUAUUAUGUUGUCCUAUUUCCUCUUAAAAAGAGAAAGAAACAGGAAAUAUUGGCUCCAUCCCAUCCUGAGAUUGCGCUGCGGGAUUAUCCCCAUCCUUUCAAAGUUUAUUUUAGGAUAUCUUGAUAACACCCUUGAACUCAUUGAUAUUUGAACUUGGACUUGGCCAAUGGUCUCGCCAAAUAUCCUAGUUGGUCUGGACGGAGUCCAGCAAUAUAGCGUUAUUAUGGAACCCACUGCAGUUCUAGGCAAGACCCGUACUUUAACAGCAUUUGCACGCUACGAUUGGCCAGGCGGCCAAGCUUGCACGAUGUAACAGACCUUGAUUUGUUCAGGUGCUAUCACUUGACCAAUCGGCUAUCCUGACCUUAACUACUCGAGGUCAAUGCCUAAUCGGUCUGCUUCGUAGGGAGGGUCGUGCCUAGAACUGCAGUGGGAUUUAUUAAACACAGCAAUGUAUGCUUUUUUUCUAUAGUAACUUCCUCCCUUGAAACAAAACCAUAUAUGGAAAACAGGCAUUGGUUUAAUUUAAAAUUCACCUAGAAUGGGCAUUGACAUGUGGACAAGGGGUCUUUAACAGGAGUCCUUUUUUUCUUGGCAUUGACUGUCUCUCAUUGGGAUGUCACGAGAACUGAUACUUCGGUACUAAUACUAGAUUUUUGGUAUCGUGACAUCCCUAGUCUUUCAUUUGGACUCGAUCUUGACUUGGUCUCGACUAGUCCUGGUAUUGGACUUGUCUUGGACUCUACAAAGGUGUUCUUGACUAGAGCACUGCUUGAUAAUUGUGUUUUGUGCUUGAUUUUGAAGUGUCAAAACACAUAAAAAUGCUCUGCUACGGAUACGAAAAAACGAAUUGAGCCCCAAAUGAUCCAAAAUAUUUUAUGUCGGUUGAAAGUUUCGGGGGGCAGUGUGUGAACCUGAUGGACACAACUGUCACGGCAUUACCACAGCCCUGGGAGAACUUGAUGCUAUCAUCAUUACUCACCUAGGGCUUCCAGGGACAUUAAUUACAUUCAUCUAGCUAACCCUAACCCAGAUUUUCCACUGGGCACGUGUGUGCUGCGUUCCGGCUGCGCCGUGGUUUUGUUCCACGCGCCAUACCAUACCGGGAGCUUCAGAUGCAGAACGUCUUGCCUGCCCAGCUUGCAGAUUUUACGAAGUACUUGAAAGAACAAUUACGUGUUUUUUUUUUUAGCUAGUAUAUAUACCUUCUAGUCUAAAAAUCUAGCCGCACUAGCGGCAGCAAAUGUAAUUUGCAAAUGUAAUUUGCUGCCAGGG